AUGGAACCGCUCAAAUGGCUGUCUUUUUUGGCAUUGUUUGGAGGUGCGGUGGCGAUACGAUGCUACUCGAUUUCGCAGGAUGAGCCGAUGCCAUUGCCGACAGAUGCCGACGCCCACGGUCUGCACAUCUUCAGGGAGCUCUACUCGUGGAAAUUCAAGACUCGCGGCCCAUCAAAGCCCGUCCCCGCCAACUGCGGAUUUGAAUGCCGAUUCUGCCAGGAGAUUAUCAUCAAAAUGGAAGACGGCAAGACCCGGGAAUCCUAUGGCUGCGGCUGCGGUGAGGGAGAUCACUUCCAUAUAGCCUUCCUCCAAAACCACUUCAACACCACCGAGAUCCCCACAUGCAAGGAAGUGACGAAGGAGCCGGUUGAUGUCACGGAACUAUCAUCUGAAGGGGUGCAAGUCUCGAUGAAAUGCUGUCAGACCCCGAAAUGUCAA